GCUAUGGAGGAGGGGUGGUUAAGGUUAUGCGUCAUAGGCGUAUCCACCCUGCUAGCCCUUUGCUUUGUCAAGCUCUUGAGCAAGCCGAAGAAGCGGCUGCCUCCAGGGCCAUGGACGCUCCCCUUCAUCGGCAGCCUCCACCACGUCAUCGGGGGCCUGCCACACCGAAAGAUGAUGGAGAUGUCUCGCCGGCAUGGGCCUCUGAUGCACCUCAUGGUAGGCGAGAUCCCCACCGUGGUCGUCUCCAGCGCGGAGGCGGCAGCGCUGGUGAUGAAGACCAACGACCUGGCGUUUGCAAGCCGUCCGUGCAGCGUGACGCAGGGCAUCGUCGGCCUUGAUGGUGCCGGCCUCGUCUUCGGCACCUACGGAGACCGGUGGCGGCAGAUGCGCAAGAUCUGCGUCGUGGAGCUUAUGGGCCCCAAACAGGCGAGGCGCAUGGACGGCAUCAAGACCAAAGAAGUGGAGCAGCUCCUCCAAUCCCUGGCCGUCGGCGGCGGCGCUACAGUCAACAUGAGCAGCAAACUGUCCGCACUCAGCGUCGACGUCGUGACCCGGGCAGUUUUCGGCGGCACGUUCAAACAACAGGACGAGUACCUGCACGAGCUGAAUAAUAUACUGAAGCUCCUGCGCGGCUUCACCCUCGCGGACCUCUUCCCGUCAUCCCGGCUGAUGCGCUGGCUCAGCAACGGCGAGCGCGACAUGAGGAGGACCAGUGGCUGUAUGAAUCGAAUCAUUGCAAGCGUCAUUGAUGGGCGCAAGGCGGCGCGGGGUGCCAACCAAGGCGCCGCCGGCGACGAGGACCUACUUGACGUGCUACUCAGGCUGCAGCAAGAGGACUCGUUGGCCUUCCCUCUAACACCGGAGAUUAUCGGCGUCGUUAUCUUUGACAUUUUUGCAGCCGCCACUGAUGCCACAGCAAGUGUAUUGGAUUGGACCAUGUCAGAGCUCUCUAGGAACCCUAAAGUUAUGGCUAAGGCACAGUCAGAGGUCCGGGAAGUUCUAGGACAAGAUCGAGGUAUCAUCACAACUACCGACCUCACCGAGCUCUACUAUAUGCGGAUGGUCAUCAAAGAAGUCUUGAGAUUGCAUCCUCCUGGUCCUCUACUCGUUCCAAGAGAGACGAGGGAGAACUGUGAAAUUAUGGGCUAUCACAUUCCUAAGGGCACGAAUGUCCAUGUUAAUGUCUUUGCAAUUUCCCGGGAUCCUAAAUAUUGGGACAAUCCAGAAAAAUUCAAGCCAGAGAGGUUUGAGAAAAAAAAUAUAGAUUAUUAUGGGACAAAUUUUGAAUUCACCCCUUUUGGAGCUGGACGAAGACAAUGCCCUGGGAUGUCGUUUGGCGCCUCGACAGUGGAGAUUGUACUGGCAAAUCUUCUCUACCACUUUAACUGGAUGCUUCCAAACGGGAUAGUUCCAGAGUCGCUAGACAUGUCUGAGAAAUUUGGUAUAACUGCAAGCAGAAAGUGCAACAUAGAGCUGAUUGCUACCCCGUAUCCACAAUCCAAAGCUAUUUCUAUAUAG